GAGCUCAGACUCUUUCUUACCAAUCCCAGCUAUUCUGCCAAAAGUUGAUCCUGGGAAGAAAAGCUAUUUAUUUCUCGUCCUCUGCUAAAAGCAGGAGAGAGGGACAGAGGCUGCGAAAACAUGCAUUACACUGUCUUUCUUCUUUUGCUUUUAAUAUCGAACCACCGAGACCCGGUCACUGCUGAUCCUGCUGCUGACCAUCAAGGAACCUCAGAGCAAGAUGACUGGUGUGAUAACCCCAGCACCAUCCACAAGCGCUUGGAUACUAUCCAAGAGCACCUGGAAAAAACAGUUGAUCAUUUGGACUCCGAAGUCAAGUCACUGCUCAACGAUGUUAGUGAAACUGCGUGGACCAAGCCACUUGCUCCUGGGACGCCAUUGGUAGAUCUCUUUGGAGAUCCUAGUUGAGUUUCCAGACGAUGAACUGAAUAUCCAGAUGCUGAACUUUACAUCAUCAAGAGCCAGACUUCAAGUUGCCUUUUGCAUCAACCCUGAAAACCAAAGUGGUCUAUAAAAUGUUGAGAUGGACAGAAGCAUUGAGUAAACAUUUGUCAUGUCGGUACAAAAUGUGUCCGUAGGUGUAGUAGCACCGGCUAAUGUUUUCUAGUAGAUGAAGCGAAGUAGGAGUUGAUUAGCCCUUGAACAGGAGACCAAUAAAACUAGAUUGGGAAGUUGAAAAUUAAAAAAAAAGAAAAAUUCCCAAA